GAAUUGUCACAAACAGCCGUGAGGCGAUGGUGAAUGACAUUUAAAACAUCAAAACAGAGCAAUAGAGGGAGCAUGAUUUGAUUGUUAAAUUUUCUUUAUUUAGAAUGGAUUGUAUGUUUGAAAAUUGUUUGACAGAAUGUUGUCUGGAAAUCGAAGACAUACCACAACAAACGAAAUAUCCUGUAUGGAUUUUGGGGAAAAAGUACAGGGCAAUCGAUGAUCUCGGUAGAAUAAGAAGGGACAUUCUCACACGAUUGUGGUUUACCUAUCGUAAAGGAUUCAUACCGAUUGGUGGCGGAGAUGGUUUAACAACAGAUAAAGGAUGGGGCUGCAUGCUAAGAUGUGGUCAAAUGGUCCUAGCGCAAGCUUUAGUGGAUUUGCAUCUCGGCCGUGACUGGUACUGGGAGCCAGAAACCAGAGACGUAACCUAUCUAAAAAUUCUGCAAAAAUUUGAAGAUCGCAGGCAGGCGCCUUUUUCGAUACAUCAGAUUGCGCUGAUGGGAGCAUCGGAGGGGAAAGAUGUCGGACAAUGGUUUGGUCCUAACACUAUUGCGCAAGUUUUAAAAAAAUUAAUUGUGUACGACGAGUGGAGUUCGGUGGUAAUUCAUGUUGCUUUAGAUAAUACAGUUGUAAUUAAUGAAAUCAAACAGCAAUGUCUCCAAUCGGAUGCCAUUAAUAUAGUACAAAAUGGAUGGAAACCGCUGCUUCUUGUAGUGCCUUUACGUUUAGGACUUAAUGAAAUUAAUCCAAUUUACAUCGCCGGCUUACAAGCAUGUUUUAGCUUUAAACACAGUUUAGGUGUUAUUGGAGGAAAACCAAAUUUAGCUUUAUAUUUCAUUGGAUGCGUAGGCGACGAGGUAAUUUUUUUAGAUCCACACACAACCCAAAAAUCUGGGUUGGUGGAGAAUAAAGAAACUGACGAUGAAAUUGAAAUGGAUAUUACGUAUCACUGCAAAAAUGCUUCUAGAAUCAAUAUUCUUGCCAUGGAUCCGUCGGUUGCCCUUUGCUUUCUAUGCAAAACUGAAGUGGAAUUUGAUGAGUUAUGCGAGUGUAUUCGAAAAGAAAUUGUGACUGAUGAAAGGCAACCCUUAUUUGAACUUUGCUUUGAUAGGCCGAAAGAGUGGUCACCAGUGGAUGAUGGAGCGGAUGAUGCGAUAGGACUGGCUAGUAGUGUAGAGUUUGAUUGUUUAGAUCGUCAAUAUGAUUCUGAAAAUGAGUUUGAAAUUCUUUAAUUGGGUAAAUGUCUUAUUUCGUACAAUGCUCAAAUUACAUACUCUGAGCGUUCAUUUGAGACACAUUCUAUUUCGUUCGCUUGAAAUCCCAGAGUAGCAAUUUAUACAAUCUACCUGUAAAUGAUUUUGUAAAUACUUUGUAUGUAUAGUUUUGUUUAAUUCUUGGUACAGUGUUUUUAAAUAAAUAUUUAUUUACGCGUUGGAAA